AAAGUGUACGUAACGUGGGUCACAGUAGCCUACUCCGCGCGAGUGUAGAAUUUAACCUACUGUAUUCUCUUGUACAUUACUUGUUUUAGUUAAUCAUGUCAACAAGUGUGCUUAAAAAUGCAUUUAGGACCAGCAAAGUUGCUAUUUGUUUCAGCCUUGCUAUUGCACAUUAUAUCCCAGCCAGCACCACACUGCCCUCCCCUCUGCUGUGUCAUGUAAUCAUGUGUGAUGUAACAGGGUUGGCAAGAGAUCCGACUUACAUAAAAGGGUGCAGCCUCACAUCUCUCUACAGGAUGUCCUGCAUAAAGCCUCAAACAAUUGCUGCUGCUCAGAAAACAUACUUCACAAAAGUACAUGAGCUGCCAAACAUCUCCCCCUUGGUAAGUUCGGUAGAGGAGACACCUGAGCCCAUCCCCACCACAGUCAAAGGCACCAUCCCAACCUGGAUCCAUGGGAGUCUGCUGCGGAAUGGUCCAGGAAAAUUUGAGUUUGGGAAUCAGCACUAUAACCACUGGUUUGAUGGCAUGGCCUUGAUGCAUCGCUUUCAGAUUGAGGAUGGUCAGGUGAUGUACAGAAGCCGUUUUUUGCGCAGCGAUUCAUAUAAGCAGAACAGCGAGAGGAACCGCAUCAUAGUGUCAGAGUUUGGCACUUUGGCUCUACCUGAUCCCUGCAAGAACUUCUUUCAGCGCUUCCUGUCCAGAUUUGAGAUGAUAAAGCCAACAGAUAAUGCCAGUGUCAACUUUGUUAAAUACAAGGGUGACUAUUACGUCAGCACAGAGACAAACUACAUGCACAGAGUGGAUCCAGAUACUUUAGAGUCUAAACAGAAGGUGGACUGGAGCAAGUUCAUCGCUGUGAAUGGUGCUACUGCUCAUCCACACUUUGACCCAGACGGCACAGCUUACAACAUGGGCAACUCAUACAGAAACAAAGGGGCUUUCUAUAACAUCAUCAGGGUGCCACCAGAAAGAGACGGCCCAGAAGAUAACCUAGAGGGAGCCAAGAUAUUAUGCUCUAUCGCCCCUCGUGACAAAUCCAAACCCUCCUAUUAUCACAGCUUUGGCAUGUCAGAGAACUAUGUAGUGUUCAUCGAGCAGCCCAUUAAGAUGGAUCUGUUUAAGAUAGUGACUGGUAGACUAAGGGGGAAAUCGCUAAAUGAGGGUGUUUACUGGGACCCCAACCAGGAAACCACAUUCCACCUUAUUGACAAACAAACUGGAAAGGAGAUGCCAGUGAAGUACCAUGCCAAGGCCUUGUCCACCUUCCAUCAGAUCAAUGCUUUUGAGCAGGAUGGAUUCCUCAUGCUAGACAUGUGCUGCUCUGACGACGGACAGGCCAUAAACAACUUCCUCGUCCAGAACCUGCGUCAGUCAGGAGAGGCUUUGGAUGAGAUGUAUAACACCAUGAGCAGGCCACUGCCCCGUCGUUUUGUGCUGCCUCUCAACAUCAGCAGUGAAACCCCACUGGAACAGAACCUCAACACACGGCCUGACAGCACCGCUACCGCUGUCUGCCGUACCAAAAAUCAGGUAUUUUGCACGUUUGAGGAUCUCCAUGGCGAAGACCUGAAAGACUACGGUGGCUUGGAGUUUCCACAUAUUAACUAUGCCAGAUAUAACACCAAACCUUAUAGAUACUACUAUGGUUGUGGCUUCCGACACCUAGUGGGUGACUCCCUAAUAAAGAUGGAUCUGGAAAGCAAAAAGUUCAAGGUAUGGCGCCAGCCUGAUCUCUAUCCAUCAGAGCCUGUCUUCAUUCCUUCACCCAAUGCUGAGAAAGAAGACGAUGGAGUCAUCCUGUCUGUGAUUAUCACACCAGUUAAGGAUAAGAGUACAUUUCUUUUAGUCCUAGAUGCCAAAACAUUUGAAGAGCUGGGAAGAGCCGAAGUACCUGUCAACAUUCCUUAUGGAUUCCACGGAGUCUUCAACUCUAGUGCAUGAAGCUCUUUGGAUCACUCCAACAAAAUAACAAAUGACAAGUAGCUCUUCAAAAGGGUCACUACACCAGUUGCCUGCUGCUAUUAAAAGCAAGACACUAACAGAACAAUAUAUCUAUGAAAUCCGCCCAAAGACAUCCUCCACAUAUCAACCUCCUAUUGUUUUUUUUAAAAGAACGACAUACUUUAUAGUUACAGUAAAUUUUCUGUUUUUAAUGUUAAUUUUAACAUUGUGUUGUUUCUGUAGACCUGUCAGAAUGCAAUGUAGGCUUUGCAAAGCGGCUUUUAUUUAUGGGAAGAAAAGAGCUUGUUGAAUUCUGUGGGUCAGAAAGAGGAUGGAAAUCGUAAUGUAACACUAAAUUAUGGGUUUUGGUGCUUAACAUUAUGGUGAACCGCAGGGGGAAAAUACUUUAAAAAAAAAAGUAUGAUAUGACCUCUUUACAACGAGCAAUGUGAUAGUGUUGAAAGCACAUCUCAUUUUGAUACAUAUGAUUUCUCUACAUAUUCAAUUAUUUUAUUUUCUUCUGUUUUUAUCUUUUACAUUGUGGACUGCAUGUUUAUAUCCCAACAUGAAACGUUUGCAAUAAUUGCAAUUUAUGUUAUUUGCUCAGUAUAGUAUCAGUUAUACAAGGCUUGUUUCUUUUACUCUAAAAACAAAUGUGAACAUACCACUAGAUGUGAAUGUGAGCAAGGUUAAAAUUUUCCAUUAGGAUUUUCAGGCCUACUUCCUUAAAUGAGAAAACCAGUUCAUUACAUUGAAUGUUUAAAAAAAAAAAAACAGAUGUGCCACAAUAAGAAUAAUUCAUGUUGAUAGUUAAAUAACAAAAAAUAUUCACUAUACAACAUGUUAUAUUGUACUAAUUUUCUACCUCUUUGUGAAGUAACUUUUCAAAGAGCUGCUUCUCUUGUGCAUUAUUCCUUUUAAUUUUAAAUUUAUAUAACAGUUCUACAUAUGUUUCAUUAUACGUUUUUGUUUUACAUUUAUUUCUAAUUGUAACUUGGUAAUCACAAUGACUGAUAAAUAUUUGUACACACAAUACUUGUAUGCUAUCUGCUACAUGGUUCAAUUCAUACAGUCCACUUUUAUAAAAAAAAAAAAACAUUCAUAAUGUUUAAAAGCAAAAGGUGUCCCCGUGUCCAGUAUUUUCCACAUCAUUUCACAUUCUGAUAUAAGUUUGAUUAGGAAAUCUUGACACCAUGAUCAUCCUGCAGAAACGGACAGCA